AGCUUUAAAGUAUCUUUUUGAAUCACUCAAUCAUCAAAAACACAUCAAUUAAAUUGUGGUUGAGUGGUUGAUUGAUUAAUCAACAAAUAAUCUCAGCACUAACUUUAGCCAUUACAUAAAACAGUGAAAUUGAACAUUAUGAAUAAUCAGCAACAAGAAAACGUUCACAUUUCUUUUCUUUGGGGCUCUGCAACAUGUGUCCACUCAGCAGAUGAAGAAUCACUGCCCAUGACGUACACAGAGUUUAAGCAGACAGUCACAUCAUGUGUUCUCUAAACACCCUGCUCUGCUGCAGGGACUGGUGGGUCUCUGUCAGAUUACUGCCAGAUUACUAGCCUCCAAGUUGCUAACGUUGACACAGAGUCGUGCACAGCGGAGUGAAGCGAGAUCCCUUGCUCCACAAACUUUCAAACCAUCCCCGCCAUGUGGAGCCAACAUGGAAGCUCGCGAGCCAAUCACACGGCUCCCUGUCAGCGGGGCACGCACACCAACGCGCCGUGCGUCAUUACGCACUUCCUGUUCUCUACGAGGUCCCCGCUCCGCUCCUCAGCCCGUAGCACCGUGAACUGAAUGUUUUGGCGAAAAAAAUACGGUGUCGAAGAGGAACGCGAGCGCGUUCGUAACAUGACACCGCGGCCGAGCGGGACCUAGAGCGGCGCGGCGGCGGCGAGAGGGGCGCGCUCGGCGACGGUUUCGGUUUAACUUUUUUUGUAUUCCCAUCCAUCCGCAUGUCCGCUUUCUUCGUAGAUGGUCUCCGGCGAGCGCUGUCUGGCGGCGGACGACGGGCUCUCGACGAAUAACAUGAAGGAGAUGAUUGGCGGGUGCUGCGUGUGCUCGGACGAGAGGGGCUGGGCGGAGAACCCGCUGGUGUACUGCGACGGACACGGCUGCAACGUCGCCGUGCAUCAAGCCUGCUACGGUAUUGUCCAGGUACCCACUGGACCUUGGUUCUGCAGAAAGUGUGAAUCUCAGGAGAGAGCGGCCCGAGUGAGAUGUGAGCUGUGUCCCCACAAAGAUGGAGCCCUAAAGAGGACAGACAACGGAGGCUGGGCCCAUGUGGUUUGUGCCCUUUACAUACCUGAGGUGGAGUUUGCUAACGUCUCCACCAUGGAGCCCAUAGUGCUGCAGUCUGUGCCACACGAUCGCUACAACAAGACAUGUUACAUCUGUGAGGACCAGGGCAGAGAGAGUAAAGCAGCCACUGGAGCCUGUAUGACCUGCAACAAACAUGGCUGCAGGCAGGCCUUCCACGUGACAUGUGCCCAGUUUGCGGGUUUGUUAUGUGAGGAACAAGGAUCGGAUGCAGACAACGUCAAGUACUGUGGAUAUUGCAAAUACCACCACAGCAAAUUGCAAAGGAGGAGGAGGGGCCGUGGUAGUAGGUCUCAAAGCUUAUGUGACUCUUCCUCUCAGUGUAUGGAUAGACCCCCAGACGAGGACAAGAAGAAACACAAGGAGCGAGACAGACACAAACCCAGACAUAAGAAGACAAUGGACAUGUCUCCAUCCCUCGUCCUUCCAAACAUCAUGGUCCCAGACAAGACCUACAACAGCAGCAGCUCAGUGGGAGGCGUCCCCUCUCUGCCCGCGUCCUCGCAGAAGCGACUUGAUGACAGCGCCGCCCGUUUCACCACCGCCAACUUUCAGGAGGUGUCCUCUACUCACUCCAGCGGCAGCUCCAAAGAUGGCUUGGCCGCAGACACUGGAAAAGUGCCGUCUGAGGUGAAGAAUAAGAAGAACGCCGGCGGAAGUCAUGCGGUGGGACAGAGGGCCGGCCGCAAGUCUCUUACCUCCUCAGGGAAACCACUUCCCUCCGCCGUGGUCACCAUGGCAACCUCCUCCACAUCUGCCUCCGCCUCCACUGGGCCUUUCCACCAAGGACUCCUGUUGACCAGUGCCAGCAAGACGCCGUCUGCCCCUUCCUCCUCAGACUUCCUAAGUUUUUCCGAUUCAUCGUUGCGUCCUGGCAGCGGAACUACCUUCUCCUCUCCGCCAUCUUUCAGCAGCUGCCUCGUGAAGCCGAGCUCAGAGGGUGGAGCUUCAGAGGGAACAACGACACUUUUCGGUUCUCUUAUGUCCGCUACUACAGCGUCCGCAGUGGGCGGGAAGCUGUACGAGAAUUCCCACAGUCACACAGCGAGUGAGACGCCAAGCCUUGGUGGGUCCGCUGGAUACAAGCGGCCCCAGCCCACCGGCUCAGGGCCAGGCAUCGGAGGAGCCGUGGCAGGAGGAGGGGAAGACGGGGUAAAGAAGAAAAAGAAGGGCAACUGGCGAAACCGAUUUGGACCUUGCUUCACUACGGAUGUGAAGCCUUCGGAGCCAGCUCCCUCCCUGACUCUCCCCAACUCCUCCACGGUCAACACCUCCUCCUCCACCUCCUCCCCCUCGUCCUCUUCAUCCUCGACACUCUCGGGCCGGCCGGGCUUGGUUUCCAGCAGUGGAUUAGGAGUGGGUGGAGGAGGAGCAGGAGCAGGAGCAGGAGCAGGAGGAGAGAGGGUGCUGGGGGUCAUGGGGGUCAGUGGGAUUCAGAAGUCCCCGUCACUCCUCAGGAAUGGGAGUCUGCAAAGCAGCAGCAGCUCCACAACCGCUGGGCCAGGUGUUUUCUCGGGCGCCGAUGGGUCAUCGUCGGGGACAGGGGCGGUCACCGUGGGAGGCGGCAACUCCGAGUUGUCACAGCAACAGCAGCCCACGCCUUCUCUAGCCCCUCCCUCUCCGUUCACUGCCACCGCUCCGCUAACCAGCACAGCCUCGACACACGUGAGCGGUAUGCCCGGGUCAGUCUUCAACCUCGCUCCCUCUCACAUGUUCGGGAACAGACUGAAUCCCAACUCAGCCAUGGCGGCGCUCAUCGCCCAGUCCGAGGCCUCGCCAGCAGAUCAGGAGGUGGGAGACGGCAGCAGCAGCGUCAGCGUCGGAGCUCAGGGCUUCUCCAUAAGAGCUUCUCCCAAGACCACCCCACGCUCUCCCAUUGGUGGCCUGCAGAUCCGCUAUGACUCCUCGGGGUCGUUGCCGGGGCCGGGUCUGGGGUUGCUAGGGGCGGGAGGAGGUGGCGGGGAGACGCCGCUCCCGGUGGCCACCAGCAUUGAGCAGCUCCUGGAGAGGCAGUGGAACGAAGGGCAGAGCUUCCUGCUGCAGCAGGGAGGGCAGGGAGACGUGGUGGGGAUGUUGAAGUCUCUCCACCAGCUGCAGGAGGAGAACAGGAGGUUGGAGGAGCAGAUUAAAUCUCUGACCAUGAAGAAAGAGAGACUGCAGCUUCUCAGCGCUCAGCUCUCAGUGCCUUUCACCCCCAACACAGCCGCCGCCUCUGAUGUGAAAGGAGCCCAGCUCGGAGCCACCGACUCGUCUUUACCUGUCGCUGCUCAGGACAGCAUGUCAUGCGGCGGCCACAGCAGUAGUGGCUCCACGUCCUCCCUCUCCACCCCUCCCUCCGUCUCCCAGAGCCCGCCGCAGCCGCAGCUUAACGGCGUCGCCGUGGGGGCGACCCCGGCCGGGCUGGGCGGGGUGGCCGGGCUGAUGGGGGCACUCGGUGCGGGCAUGGGGGGGAUUGUCGGGGCACUGAACGGGGUCAUCCAGAUGCCCGCAGGCACGGCCGGGCCUCACACUCACACUACUGGAGCAGCCGCAGGCGUCACGUUGCCCGUCACUAACAGCAGCUCAGCAACUAGUAAGAACAGUGCUGCGCGGCUUGGCCUGUUGUCCGAGCAGCACAGACUCCUCCUGCAGCAGCAUCAGCUCCAGCAGCUGCUGUCCUCACAGCCUUCAGCGGAGCAGCAGCAGGUGUUGCUCUACCAGCUGAUGCAGCAGCAGCAGGACAUCCAGCAGCUGCACUCCCUCUCCUCCUCUGCGCAGAUUCCCUCCAUGCCGCUCUCCUCCACUCAGUUGCCCAUCAACAACCUGCUGCCCGGCGCCCAGAACCAGGGCCAAAGUGCCAUCACGGCCAACCCCUUCCUGGCGCUGCAGCACGCACAUACCGACGCGCACGCCUCGGGCGCGCAAAAGCCUCGGCUCGCCGAAAAGGCCGUUGGCAUCGCGGGGCAGGAGAAGACAUGACGGCAGAUGUUCUUUUGUUUUUUGGUUGGUUUUUUGGUUUUUUUAAAUAAAUAUGCGGAGUUCUCGGAGAUCAGCCUGUUGGUCAACUUUUUUAUUAUUCCUGAUAAUGGUCUGUGCUCACAUGUUAGCACAUACUGGUGGUGAGUGAUGACAGAAGACAAAAGUAAAUUUUUUGGUCUAAUGCAGUCACAAACGUUUUUCAGUUUACAGUUUUUACUUUUAUUUGUUUUAUUUAUUUCCAUUCAAUUUUAGAUUCUUAUUUUUUUAGCUGUAGGGCUGCUUCAGGUUCUAAUUUUGUCACUGCUGAGAAAAUGAUUUUCAUUUAAUAUCACGGGUAGUAACUUAGUUUAUGUUAGUGUGGCGAUGUCUGUCCUCUCGUCCGAGAAACAUCUCCUUUAAUUGUUUUCUCGCGAUCAUUUCUGAAUCUCAUUGUUCUGCUUCUACACCUUUCGUCUUUUCUUUCUCUUGUUGACAUCUUUCACGUCUCCCUUUUAUUUCCCCUCGCUCUUUUUUUUUUCUCUCUCUGCUUCUCCGUCUGGUCUCUCUGCUUUUUCACACUCUCUCAGGGGCCUCAGAUAACCAGAGUUGUGUACUCGGCACACAAGCUAGCAGACACAGAACUACAAAUAUAUUAAUUACAAAGAAAAAAUAGCAGAAAUAUAUUAAUAUAAAAAUAAAAAAAUACUACAAUUCCCUACCACAAGACUUAACAGUAGCAGAUGUGUGUUUGACAUCUGUCUCACCCGAGGGGAAUAUUUGGUGAGGGACUCUUGGGGAAAAAAAUCUGCACCAUUUUUACUACUGCCUCUCUCUCCCCCCCCCCCCCCCUCUCCGUGUGUGUAGAUCCAUUAAUGUCAGUGAGCUAAGCCUCAUACAGUCACCACAGAAGCCUUGCUUUUCACUGUCUCCUCUCUGGGCCAGAAACAGGGGGCUCACUCAGGCAAAUGAAAUGAGGGGGGGGGCGGUGCAAAAGAAGAAUAUGGCAAGUUGAAUGUUCAGAGGGAAAAAAAACGCGUGAAUCCGCACAGCAGCACAGUUUCGCACAAGACAUUUUUUGCAGCUGGUUGUCAGCGAGCAUGGGACGUCCCGUUUCAUCCUCCUGAUUGAGCCCCCUGCUGCAGCUACCUCUCAGGCAGGACCAGCCUAUCAGGACCUAAAAAGGGCCGACAUCAGCGGCCACUCACAACCACACAAACAGUCAGGACUGGCCAAUCAGGGUCCAAGCCCAAGUGCCUGAGGACCAGGGUGGGAUUCAUCAAUACCUUUGUCCCUGUCACUCAGCUCAAUUCUCCAUAACCCUUUCUGCUAAAUAAGCUGCGUUGCUCAGCAACAGAUUACGAAAAGAAAAAAAAUAACACUGAGUCGCGUCAGGCUGGACGUGCAGUCUCUUUAUAAUAAAACCAGGAAUUACUAAUAUUUUACUGCAUUCUUUUCUGUCAGAGACAACUUGUAUUGUGCUUUUUUAUUUUUAUUUAUUUGGAGUUUGUUUGUGUAAUGGGCAUGAGGUGAUUCAUUUUAAAAGCCCGCUGGUGUUGCAAUUUAACAUCAUAUUGUACUACUGUGUAAAGUUUUGUCUUCUGUUGUUGUCUUUGUUUCCUCCAUGCAGUCACGUCUUGCUGUAAAACCCUCUUUACUGACUUCUCUGUCAUGUGCGUGAAAAGCUAGAAGCUACUUGAUAGUUGGCUGAUGGGGAAGGAGGCGUGGUUGUACAUAGAUGUUUGUUGGGGUGGGGUUGGUGGGGGGCGGGGGGGUUGAAAUGUGUCAGGGGGGUGGGAACGUGUGGGGGGGUAAUUCAAUGGCACAGUUUUUACCUCGUUAAGUGUAUAUAGACCUUUCUCAUUGGCCAUUGGUGUACAUAUGUGAUUGUGAUUGGAUGCGCUGGUGUGAAGGAAAGCCAAUGAAGCCUCACUUUGUGUGUGUGAAUCUUUAGGACCAGAUAUAAAAAAAAAUUUAAAAAAAGAAGGUUGACAGUGACUGGACACAAAGUGUUAAUUUAUUUUUAUAUGUGCAGGGACAUUGUGUUUCUUUUUUUUUAAUUUUCUUAUUUUUUAAAUGUUUUGCACCAUUUUAUUGAUGAGAAAGUUGUUUUAUACUCUGGGCACCGUGUUUUCAUCUGAGCAGACAUUUGUUUUGAUUCUUUUUUGUACAAGUUGAAAAUACACUUUGGGGCGGUCGGGGGCUAACAUUGUAUUUCAAAAUUCCAAAAUAAAAACUCUGGAUAAAGUAA